CUAACAGUUAACAACCUUCGCUGUGGGCCCCAGACGCUGGUAUUUAUGGACGUGGAUCAGCUCAAAUCAACGUGGACAGAGGGGGAGUCCUUCGGGCGACGUCUGGCGGAAGUAGAAUACUUGUGACCUCAUGACGUAGCCUCAUUUCCUUUCAUGCUUUCGUCCAGUUGCAUCAUUUUUCAGGAACCGGUUGUCGUUGCUUCUCUGGGUGACAUACAGUGCAUGCAGGAUGGUUGAGGCAGUCCCAGAAUCCAUUCAUUUUCCCUCCGAAGAGGAACAUAUCCUUCAACUGUGGAAAGAUAAGAACUGUUUUCAGGAGUGCCUCAAGCAGUCAAAGAACAGACCGAAAUUUACUUUCUAUGAUGGGCCUCCAUUUGCCACUGGACUCCCGCAUUAUGGACACAUUUUAGCAGGCACUAUUAAGGACAUUGUGACCAGAUUUGCACACCAGAGUGGAUUUCAAGUGGAAAGGAGAUUUGGGUGGGACUGUCAUGGGUUGCCUGUGGAAUAUGAGAUAGAUAAAACUUUGGGAAUCAAGGGACCAGAAGAUGUUGCCAAGAUGGGGAUUGCAGAGUACAAUAAACAGUGUCGAGGCAUUGUGAUGAGAUAUGCAAAUGAAUGGGAAGUGUCUGUAAGAAGAAUGGGACGCUGGAUUGAUUUUAAGAAUGAUUACAAGACUCUGUAUCCCUGGUUCAUGGAAACUGUUUGGUGGGUCUUCAAGCAAUUGUAUGACAAAGGACUGGUGUACAGGGGAGUGAAGGUCAUGCCCUUUUCAACUGCAUGCAACACGCCCCUGUCCAACUUUGAGUCACAUCAGAAUUACAAGGAUGUCCAAGAUCCUUCAGUAACUGUCAACUUCCCGCUGGAAGAAGAUGAAAGUGUUUCUCUAAUUGCCUGGACAACCACCCCUUGGACACUGCCCAGUAAUCUUGCCCUUUGUGUGAACCCAGAGUUAACAUAUGUCAAAAUAAAAGAUCACGCUACUGAAAAGGCUUACAUCAUGAUGGAAGCCAGGCUAGGAGCGCAUUACAAGUCUGAGAGUGAAUACACCGUUCUCGAGAAGUUCCCUGGCAAGGCCUUGAAAGGCAAAAAGUACAAACCACUCUUUGACUAUUUUAUAAAGUGCAGAGACAAUGGUGCCUUCAGUGUGGUGUUGGAUAACUAUGUCAAAGAAGAAGAAGGUACAGGUGUUGUUCAUCAGGCUCCUUAUUUUGGGGCUGAUGACUACAGAGUUUGCAUGGAUUACAAAAUAAUCCAAAAAGAUUCUACCCCAGUCUGUCCGGUUGAUGCAUCAGGCUGUUUUACUGCCGAAGUGAAAGAGUUUGCUGGACAGUAUGUGAAGGAUGCAGACAAACACAUUAUCAAAUUGUUGAAAGAAAAGGGCCGUUUGGUGAAUGCCAGCACAUUCAAGCACAACUAUCCAUUCUGCUGGAGAUCAGACACCCCGCUUAUUUACAAAGCGGUACCAAGCUGGUUCGUGGGAGUGGAGCACAUGGUGGAUAAGCUGCUGGAGAACAACAGCCAGUGCUACUGGGUUCCCGAGUUCGUGAGGGAAAAGCGGUUUGGUAACUGGUUGAAGGAAGCACGUGAUUGGGCAAUUUCCAGAAACCGAUAUUGGGGAACCCCAAUUCCUUUGUGGGUCAGCGAUGACUUUGAAGAGGUGGUGUGUGUGGGGUCAGUGGCUGACUUGGAGGAGCUGACAGGAACAAAAGUAACAGAUCUUCACCGAGAAAGCAUCGAUCACCUGACCAUCCCGUCCCGCUGUGGGAAGGGGGAGCUGCGGAGGGUGCCGGAGGUGUUCGACUGCUGGUUCGAGAGUGGGAGCAUGCCUUACGCGCAGGUCCACUAUCCCUUCGAGAACCGGAAGGAGUUUGAGGAUGCCUUCCCAGCCGACUUCAUCGCUGAGGGCAUCGACCAGACGAGAGGAUGGUUUUAUACACUACUAGUGCUGUCAACAGCUCUCUUUGGUAAACCUCCAUUCAAGAAUGUGAUAGUAAAUGGACUGGUUCUGGCAAGUGAUGGACAGAAGAUGAGCAAGCGCAAGAAAAAUUAUCCAGAUCCUGUUGAAAUUGUGAAGAACUAUGGAGCAGACGCAUUACGGCUGUACCUGAUAAAUUCCCCAGUGGUGCGUGCAGAAAAUCUUCGCUUCAAAGAGGAAGGAGUGAGAGAUGUGCUGAAAGAUGUCUUUCUUCCCUGGUACAAUGCGUACCGCUUCUUGGUUCAGAAUGUUCAGAGGUUACACAAGGAGGAGGAAAUCCAGUUCCUGUAUAAUGAAAGCACAGCCAAGGAAAGUGACAAUAUCAUGGACAAGUGGCUUCUGUCAUUCACACAGUCUCUCAUCCAGUUCUUCAAGGCUGAAAUGGCUGCUUAUAGAUUGUACACUGUUGUACCAAAGCUGGUCAAGUUUGUCGACAUGCUUACCAACUGGUAUGUGAGAACAAACCGCAGACGACUGAAGGGGGAGAGUGGGACAGAGGACUGUGUUUGGGCUCUUGAAACCCUGUUUAGCGUUCUCUUCUCCAUGUGCAGGCUAAUGGCUCCCUUCACUCCAUUUAUUACUGAGAUGAUGUAUCAGAACCUGAGACACUUGAUCGAUCCAGCCUCCGUUGAGGAAAAGGACACUGGCAGCAUUCACUACCUUAUGCUUCCUCAAGUCCGAGAGUCUUUGAUUGAUAAGCGUAUUGAGAGUGCUGUGUCUCAGAUGCAGUCCGUCAUUGAGCUGGGUCGUGUCAUAAGGGACAGGAAGACCCUUCCGGUGAAGUAUCCUCUGAAGGAAGUGGUAGUCAUACACCAGGAUCCUGAAGCUCUGAAAGACAUCCAGGCUUUGCAGAAAUAUAUUUUGGAGGAGCUGAAUGUUCGCCACCUCACCCUCUCUACCGACAAAGACAAAUACGGCAUCAGAUUGAGGGCAGAGCCGGAUCACAUGGUUCUUGGCAAGCGCCUGAAGGGAGCCUUUAAAUCUGUCGCAGCAUCCAUCAAAGAGCUAAAGAGUGAGCAACUGGAGGUGUUCCAGAAGACAGGAUCUAUUGUGGUGGAUGGGCAUGAACUUCAUGCGGAGGACCUGCGUCUCAUGUACACCUUUGACCCGGUCUCAGAAAUGCAUGCGCAGUAUGAAGCUCAUUCAGAUGCACAGGUUUUGGUUCUGCUUGAUGUUACCCCAGACCAGUCUAUGGUGGACGAAGGUGUGGCCCGGGAAGUCAUCAAUCGCAUUCAGAAACUUCGCAAAAAGGGUCACCUGGUUCCCUCUGAUGACAUAGUUGUUUACUACAACUCCCAGCCUGCCAGUGAAUACUUGGAGAAAGUUAUCCAGGCUCACACUGAAUUUAUACUAGCAACCAUCAAAGCUCCUUUGAAAGCCUACCCUGUUCCUAAGAAUGCAAGUGUAAUUGUUCAGGAGAAAACCCAGCUGAAGGGAUCCGAUCUGGAUCUGACAAUUGUGAAGGGAGCUGCAGCUGGUCACAUUCCUCUUUCAGGACCUGCAUGUGCCUAUGUCAACUUAAAAAUAAAGCUUGACAACAAAGAGCAAGUUGGUGUCGUUCUGCUGGAGAAUCCUAAAGGAGACAACAAGCUGGGUUUAGAGAGGCUGAAGGCUGUGUGCUCCUGUGUUUUUGGCCUUCCGAGCACACAGUGGACUGUGUACAAUGGCAAGACAGAACUGAGCAGCAAGACAGACCUGCUGGCUUUGAACAAAAAGACUCUGACUGUGACAUCGGGAGCAUCUCCCACAGAAGACCCCAGUUCUGAGACAGUGCUCUGCCCCUACAUUAACCUGCAGCUGCUCAACGCAAAGCCACAAGAAUGCCAGAAUGGAGAAGUGGGAACUCUGCUGUUGGCUAACCCCUCUGGCCAGAAUGGGCUUACAUACGAAGGGCUCCUGCAGGAAGCGGCAAAGGUGUUUGGGCUGCGAAGCCGAAGACUCCAGCUAUAUCUUGACGAGGCCCUGAGCGAAGAGAUCACAGAACAGACCUCAGUGAAGACACUGAACAUGAAGAUGGUGUUUGUAAGAGUUCUACCUACUACAGCAGAAGCAUAAAUGUUUUUAAGAAUUGAAAUGGUAUUCACUAUUGAAAUUGUAGAUCCCAGAUCUAAGUAUUGUACCACAAAUUGGUUGGUUUAGUCCAGGGUUUCCCAAAACUGGUCCUGGGAAUCCAUCAAAGCUGUGAGGUUUUGUUCCAGCUGAGCUCUUUACUUAAUUGAUCUAGCUGCUUGAUUGAAAUCCUUGUCAUUGUUUUUUUUAUGCAAAACUAUUAGUUACUCACAAAAUGUAACAGGUAUCCUUAAGCAUGUUUAUGAGCUAAAAACUGAGUUCAUAUCAAUCCUAUUAUCAGAUCACUUAAGGAUUUAUUAAGUUAGUGAGGGCUCAGCUAGAAUGACAGCCAUCCUGGACUAUCGAUGCGGAGGAGGGUUGGGAAUUGUUGACUUUGUCCUCAUGCAGAACUUUUGCAAUCUGCAUUUCCUUUAUUGUUUCACUUCUAAAGUUCUAUGUAAUAAAAGGUAGUAAAAUAAUACAGUACAUGUGAGGUCAGAUACCCUCCUGUAUUUCCAUUGAGUCGUAAAUUUUUACAAGGAUUGUUUUUUUUUUUUAAUUCAGAAAGGAUGUUUGUGCUCUAUUCUUUGUAUGUUUUUCCUCAGAGUGCUGUCUCAAUAUCAUAUUCCUGCAUAGAAUGGCUUUUGAUAUCAGGAGUUCAAAAAACAGAACUUAGAUUCCCUCUAGAAAGAUUCCAGUUUGGGGAAUUUUAUCUUCCAGAAAAGCAGUUGGCAUUUUUCUCUCUUGGAAGCAUUUUGACCUCAUACAGCCUCUGCGCAUGUCCAAGUCAAGGUCAUUCUCCCUUUCGGAGAUAUAAAGGAUAAAGGAAAUGCUCUGUGCUGUCACACUGUUAAUUCAGAAAAAAUGUUUUUUCAGUGAUUCGUGUUGGGAGUUAAAUGACAUCAUUCUUAGCCUUGCUUGCAAACUAACUACAAUUUUAUCAUUCAUAAUCUCCUAAAUUGUGUAAUUCUUGGCAUUAGGUCCCUGCUGUGGAUUGGGGAGUUAACGAAACAGGAGCAGUUGUUUUAGGUUCUGUGGUACCUUUUCAUCAAGAUAGUGUAUCUACAUAAAUUGGCAAAAUGUGAGCUUUUGCCAUAUUGGCGAUGGGAAUAAUUUGGUGCAGAGGUAUGCAUAAUAAAAUGGCUUAAAAAAUGUU